AUGUCCAACUUCAUCAACCCGAAGCCCUUCCUUGCCAACCUGACUGGCCAGAUGGUCCACGUCAAGCUCAAGUGGGGUAUGGAGUUCCGCGGGGUGCUCAAGUCCUUCGACCUCUACAUGAACCUCCAGCUUCUUGACUGCGAGGAGAUUGUCCAGGGCGUCGGCACGCCGAUCGGCGAGGUCAUGAUUCGCUGCAACAAUGUGCUCUACAUCCGCGGCGCCACUGAGGCGGCUGCCUAA